AUGAAGCAGACACGUUCCAGCACAACUGUUGAUCCUUCUCCAUCUGACACGGGGAACAGUAGCAGCACCGUUCAAUGUGAAGUCGGUGGGCAUGAAGCAUCCCUUACAAUUCAGAACCCAGAUGUGAGCAGAAGUGACAAGUGUUAUUUCCGCUUUACUUUCAAAGAAGGCUCUGGGAAGAGAAACCAUAGCGUGAUUAAAGCAUGUGGUGAACUCAGUGAGAGUAUCAACUCAGCUCUGAGAACUAAUGAAAAUGUCCUCAAAACGAUAGAGAAGUGUUCCAAUAAGAACAUUUUUGUCUAUGGGAAGGAAGCAAUAGAAGGAUAUAUCAAUUUAGGAAUGCCUCUCAAGUGCCUACCAGAAGGUUCUAAACUUGAAAUAUCAGUUGGUCAGAGAAAGGGGAACCAGGAGGAAGGUGAUCAGAAAUUACGCCGCUAUGAAAAUCCCAGCAUCAAGUGUGUUCUUUUUCACGUUGUGGCUAUUGGGAAGAGCAUAAAGAAGAUUGUUAGCAACAGGGCCCUUCAUGAAAUGGGAAGUACACUUUGUGUCUACGCCUUGAAGGGUGAGACUAUCAGAGAAGCCCUGUGCAAAGAUGGCCGAUUUCGGUCUGACCUGGAUGAAUUCGAGUGGAAACUCAUAGAAAAUCAUAGAAACAUUCAUGGAAAACAGUCCACAGUGGAGGAAGUAGCUGGAAAAACCUUAGAACUGGACAUUUCUAAAAAGUCACCAGUCAGGAAUUGUACCCACUUAAAAAUUGGACAGAAUGACAAUGCCACGGGUGAAGUCAGUCCCUACGAUGUGAUGCCAAGGCAGAAUCAGGUCCCCCAGCCAGAGAAUGAUGGAGAGUCUGAAGGUGUAGAACACGACCGAGAAAAUGUUCUGCCUCCUCGAAGUCUAGAGAAUGAUCUGGAAGGUAAAAAACGGCAGACAAUUUCCAGAAUGAAAAGAAAUGACAGUGAGAGGAACAGAAAAUGUGGGGAAGAAACUUCACGUGCUUCAGAAAGGCCCCGUCUGCGUAUGGAAAGUGCUAUUAGCUGGGAUAUGCAGGGGGAGGCAACUCAGCACUGGCUAGAGAACUGCACAGUGUUGAACAACGUUAUUAUGCAGCGCAAUCCUCAUUUUAGUGAGGCUGUUCGCUGGAUGAGAAAGUAUUUUGAGGAGGAACAGAAGAGAACCAAACUGCCGCCAUCACAAUUCAAAAUAUAUAAAAAGUGCUUUGGCAAAGUAACUAAAAAUUCCUUUCCAGUUGCAACCUGUGAACAUCUUACUGGACUUAGUAAGUCAGCUGGGCAUGUGAGAUGGGAUAAUAAUGGCAAAACAGGCAACGCUACUUACUUCGUCUUCAGUGAUGGUUGUAUCUUCACUUGUCAACAUAUUGUACACAUGAUGGUUGGAGAAGACACACAUCCAAGUCAGUGGCCAGAUAUAAUAAGCAAAUGUGCAAAAGUAACCUUCACUUACAAAGAUCUCUGUCCCCCUGCUAAGGAAUGGUUUUCCCUCGAGCCAGAUGUUGAAGUGUCUGCUGGAGAUCUAGAUUAUGCCAUUUUAAAACUAAGAGCAAAUGGAAAUGGAUUCCCUCCAGGACUAGUUGGCCACAUUUCCUCGCUGCCAUCUAGUGGUUUGAUUUAUAUAAUUGGUCACCCAGAAGGCCGGAGGAAGGAAAUAGAUGGGUGUGCUGUGAUUCCUCUACAAGAGCAUGAAGGGAGGUACUCCCAGAGGCAUCAACAUGAGGUGGCGGGACCAGGACUGCAAGCUGCCACUCAGCAUAUUUGCUCCAUGUUCACCCCAAGAAGUUUCCCACCAGAGGCUUACCGCACUGACAUACUUAGUUAUGAUACUUGCUUUAUGACUGGGUCCUCUGGCUCCCCAGUGUUUAAUGCAGAUGGCAAAGUGGUUGCUCUGCACUCCUUUGGGCAGUUUUAUGAAAGUGAGGGUAAGGAGCAUGCCUUCAUUGAAUUUGGCUAUUCUAUGGAUUCAAUUCUUUGUGAUCUCAAACAGAGGAAGGAGACCUUAAAAGUGUUAACUGCAGAGAAAUAUGAGAACCUCAAUGAAGAGAAAAAUAACAAACAAGAGUGGUCACUUCGAGAUGAUCAGAUAAAACCCAUGGAACAUUAG